AGGAACCCUAGUUCUUACGAGGUGCAACAAUGGCGUCGGCGAAGCGAUGCCACUACGAAGUCCUUGGUAUCCCCCAAGACUGCAGCCCCGACGAGAUCCGAUCGGCUUACCGGCGGCUCGCCCUGCAGCGCCACCCGGACAAGCUCGUCAAAUCUGGCCUCUCCCAAGCCGAAGCUACGGCUCAGUUCCAGGAGCUGCAACACGCCUACGAAGUACUCUCCGAUCCUAAGGAACGAGCUUGGUACGAUUCCCACCGUUCCCAGAUCCUCUUCUCCGAUCCCAACUCGCUCGGUAACUCGGUCGUCCCUGACCUCUUCUCCUUCUUCUCGAACACCGUCUAUUCCGGUUACUCAGAUUCCGGCAAGGGUUUCUACAAGGUUUACUCCGACGUGUUUGACAAAAUCCACGCCAAUGAAAUCAAUUUUGCUAAGAAAUUGGGUAUCGGUGUUGAUGCGGUUCGACAAGCCCCUCUUAUGGGAAAUUUGGAUAGUCCCUAUGCACAGGUCACAGCGUUUUAUAGUUAUUGGUUGGGGUUUUCUACUGUGAUGGAUUUUUGCUGGGUCGAUGAGUAUGAUGUUAUGGCCGGUCCGAACCGGAAGUCGAGGCGGCUUAUGGAGGAAGAGAACAAUAAGGUGAGGAGGAAGGCUAAGAGGGAGUAUAAUGAUACUGUGAGGAGGUUGGCUGAUUUUGUGAAGAAGAGGGAUAAGAGGGUGAUUGAUAUGAAGGUUAAGAAGAGUUUGGAGAUGGAGAAGAGGAAAGAGGAGGAGAGGGAGAGGAAGAAGAAGUUAGAGAAGGAGAAAAAGGAGAGGGCUAUGGCUUAUGAAGAGCCUGAUUGGGCUAAGGUUGAGGAGGAGGAGGUGGAGGAGGAUGAAUGGUUUGAGGAGUUGGAGGAGGGAAAGAAGAAGGGGGAGAAGGAGUUUUAUUGUGUGUUGUGUGGGAAGAAGUUUAAGAGUGAGAAGCAAUGGAAAAACCAUGAGCAAUCCAAGAAGCAUAAGGAGAAAGUUGCGGAGUUCAGGGAUUCUCUUGGUGAUGAAGAGGAUUUAGAAGCAGAGUUGGAAGGAGAAGGAGCAGGGAAGGAGAGAUUGGAAAGUGAGGAGGAUGGAAUUGGGCUGAAUGAUGAUCAAUCUGGGGAGACUGAUUAUGGGGCUGGUGAUUUGGAGGAGAGGAUUAGAGAUGGUCUCAAUGUUGCAGAGGGAGAGACUAGAAGUGGGGUUGAACUGAAUGAUGAUGAUGAUGAUGAAUUUUUUGAUGCCCGGCAUGCAAAGGAGGGGGAGGAGGAGGAGGCUGCUGUUUCAGUAGAUUUUGAUGCUGAUGAUAAGGAUGAUGAUGAAAUUGGUGUUCUUGAGGCAAUGUUGGCUGGGCACAAAAACAGAAAACCUAGUGCUUCAGCACACAAGCCCAAGGCUUCAGCAGCUUCAUCUCAAAUUGAGAAUGAGAAUGAUGGGGUUGGCCCUAUGGAAUAUAACAACCGAAAGAGCGCAAAAAAGAAACGUGGAGCUAAAAAAGAGAAGGAUAGAAAAAAUUGGGAAGAAUCUCCUGUGGCUGCUGCCAGUGGCAGUUAUGAAAACAUAAACAGUAAUGGAAAUCAUAAUUCUAAUCCAGAAGAGUCUUGUUCCCAAUAUGUUGUGGAAAAUGAGGAUAAUGGAAAAGAGAAUGAGCAGGUAGGUAGAGAUAAGAAGAAGAUUUCAAAUCAUCCAGAUGAUAAAAAAGGAAAUGCAAAGGAUACAAAAACCAAAGCAAAAGUUUCAUCCAAAGGAAGAAAGGCAAAGGCAACAUCAAAGAAUCUUGGCAAUAUUUGUGAUGCAUGUGGAGAGGAUUUUGAGUCAAGGAAUCAAUUACAUAAACAUCUGGGAGAUUCUGGGCAUGCAACAAUAAAAAGUCGAUAAGGAAACUACAGUAGGAAUUAUUGAAUUCAAGCGUGUCCUCGAGUAGUUUCCAGUUCCAGAGAUUAGCUAGCUUCAAUUAUUGAUCCAUUCUUUUAUUUUUACUGUUGUGUUCAGAUAAAAUAAUAUCAUGCAAGUCUUCCGCGGAAGGCAUGCCGUUAUUUUGCCACACUAAAGCAAUAUACGGACGGGGUGUUGCACAAAUUUCGAUGGAAAUCACCCAUAAUUUUAGUUUGUUUUAUAUUAUU